CCUUUCCUCUUUCCAUAACCUCCAAAUUUCCAUUCUCUCCUGGCCAUGGCUGAUCACCAAAAAAUCUACCCGGUCCACACGGAUCUUGAAAGCCCACCGGAACCCACGGCACCAUUGGUUCCUCAAGGCUCAUUACGGUCAGACAAAGGCCACCCGGAGCUGCAGCAGGCGGCGGAGCCGCCACCAGUACCACGUCAGCUAACACCCCACCACCGAAAACCGCCGCCGCAAAUAGUCAAGAAAAGAAGGAGCUGCUGCAGAAGAUGCGUGUGCUGGACGUGCUGCACCCUCUUACUCGUGAUCAUCGCCGCCGCCGUGUCCGCCGGCGUCUUGUUCCUCGUUUUCCGGCCAAAGAUUCCGAAGUACUCCGUCGACAGCCUGAGAAUCACCCAGCUCAGCCUCAACGCCGACAACAGCCUGUCGGCGACGUUCGACGUCAACAUCACGGCGAGGAACCCGAACAAGAGGGUCGGAAUAUACUACGAGAGCGGCAGCCACCUGAGAGUGCUCUACGCCGGGACGGAGCUCUGUGAAGGGCCGUUGCCGGAGUUCUAUCAAGGCCACCGCAACACGACGGUGCUGAGCGUGGGUUUGACCGGUCAAACGGGUGACGCGUCAGGGUUGCUUCAGUCCAUGAGGACGCAGCAGCAGACGGAGGGCACUGUUCCGUUGGAUCUCCGGGCAAAAGUUCCGGUGAGGGUUAAGCUCGGGAAGCUGAAACUUAUGAAAUGGAAGUUCUUGGUGAAGUGCAGGGUCGAAGUUGACAGCUUGAAUGAGGCAAAUGACAUCCGGGUUAGGCACAGUCAAUGCAAGUUUAGGUUUAGACUUUAAGCAGGCCUGUCGUUGACUUUUGGUUUUCUUUUUAUUUUUUAUGGCGUAUUUUUCAUUUUUGUUUUCCAUUUUUACUUUAUUAUAGAGUAUAUUUUUUGAUUUGAGUCACUUGUAAAUUUUAUUUAUUUUUACAUUGUACAAUAAUGAUGAUGACGAGUCGCUGUGUCUACACGUCAUCUGAUCUGUGUAUUUAUAAUUCUAUCAUAAGCCAUUUGCUAUACAUGUAAUAAUAAAUAAGUAUUCC